ACGAGUAGUUGAUCAAAGAAAUUUAAGUAACAUGAUUUCGAAACAGGAUGUUAACUCGGAUUUUUAUAUGGUCCCCGAUUCAACUAUUUCAUGCAAACUUCCUGAAAAACUAGAUUUUGGAGAUAAAGUGCUCGAGAAUAUUGCAGAACGAAUUAUUGAUAUUCAACGAAUGACCGUGUAUUUUAACGAAGAUCAUAAUAAGUUGGAUACCGAAGAUGUGCGUCAUGCAGAAAGAUUAUUAGAGGAAGAAAAAAGCCGGCUUCAAAUUUAA